GGGCCGCCUCUGCUGCUGCCGUCCAUGCUGAUGUUCGCGGUGAUCGUGGCCUCCAGCGGGCUGCUGCUCAUGAUCGAGCGGGGCAUCCUGGCCGACCUGAAGCCCCUUCCCCUGCACCCCCGAAGCCACGAGGGCGCGGCCUGGCGCGGGGCGCUCCCCGUCCCCGGGGGGCUGCCCGAGGACGCCGGGGACUCCGACUUGCAAGUGCGACAAGACGUCCGGAACCGCACCUUGCGGGCUGUGUGCGGACAGCCGGGCAUGCCCCGGGACCCCUGGGACCUGCCAGUGGGGCAGCGGCGCACCCUGCUGCGCCACAUCCUCGUGAGUGACCGCUACCACUUCCUGUACUGCUACGUCCCCAAGGUGGCCUGCUCCAACUGGAAGCGGGUGCUGAAGGUGCUGGCGGGGGUCCUGGACAGCGUGGACGUCCGUCUCAAGAUGGACCACCACAGUGACCUGGUCUUUCUGGCAGACCUAAGGCCCGAGGAGAUCCGCUACCGCCUGCAGCACUACUUCAAGUUCCUGUUUGUGAGGGACCCCUUGGAACGCCUCCUCUCCGCCUACCGCAACAAGUUCGGGGAGAUCCGGGAGUACCAGCAGCGCUACGGCGCCGAGAUCGUGAGGCGGUACAGGGUCGGCGCUGGGCCUAGCCCCGCCGGAGACGACGUCACCUUUCCGGAGUUCCUGCGGUACCUGGUGGACGAGGACCCCGAGCGCAUGAACGAGCACUGGAUGCCUGUGUACCACCUGUGCCAGCCUUGUGCCGUGCACUACGACUUUGUGGGCUCCUAUGAGAGGCUGGAGGCUGAUGCCAACCAGGUGCUGGAGUGGGUGCGGGCACCACCCCAUGUCCGAUUCCCCACCCGCCAGGCCUGGUACCAGCCGGCCAGUCCCGAGAGCCUGCACUACCACCUCUGCAGUACCCCACGGGCUCUGCUGCAGGACGUGCUGCCUAAAUAUAUCCUGGACUUCUCCCUCUUUGCCUACCCACUGCCCAAUGUCACCAGGGAGGCCUGUCACCAGUGAUCCUGGGUACAGGGCCAGCUGCUAUGGGGACCAGUCUAACAGUCCCAGCUUCUGGUACGAAGUAGGAAACCCUAGCUCAGAGGCCUGGGGCUUCUCCAUGUGCCCAGAUGGCAGUGACCGCUCUGGGAAGUCCCUUGUCCAGAGUGGCUACCCAGAGAUAGUGCUGGACAGAAAACUUGGUGCUCCCCAAAAGGGAGCCUCUGGGGGAUGGUGGGAUUCUUCUCCCACUGUUAGGGCCAGACACUGAUUGCCAAAGAAGAGACACGCCUGAUCUGUAGACUGGCUCUGGGGUCCAGGCUGUGGGGCUUGUGCAUCCGUCCACUGUGGGCCAUGCGCAGAGGUGGCAGCAGCCAGAAGCCCAACCAGAGCCAGGGGCCCCGUGGUCUAUCUCCCACCCAUUCCCGCCCGCCCUGCCCAGCUGCACUAGUGCCUUAGAAAUGCCUCCUCUGCCUUCUCGCUCCGGACUCAGAAAAUUCCCUACACCUUGCCAACUUCUUUCCGCUUCUCCAAGGAAAGGAAAACGGAGGCAGGGCUCUCGCCUGGUAGCUCCAGGAACCACCAGUCUGCAGGCAUCCAAAGACCCCUGUGCCCACCUCAUCCCACAGUCCUGAGGGCCUUCUCCCCCCUCAGGCCUCUGAGGUGGUGGCCGUGGCUGGUGCAUCUGGCUGCCACUUUUUUCUGACACGUUUAUUUAAAAUGUAUACUUUUUGAUAGCAUCUUCAAGAGGGCUUUGUUGUCUUACUAGCCGACUUUUUAAUUAAAAAGUGUUUUGUACAAAG